GGGUCGAAUAUAGGCGAACCGUCGCCCAGCGUGUUUCACCUUUUCAGAUAACAAUAAUUGUACGAGAUUAUGACCUGACUCGGAUUUGUAUGUGCAAUCUUCGAUAUACCAGUAAAAUGGUCACUCUUUUUGCCGUGUCAUCCAAACAUUUGGCGAUAUUGGCUUUCAAUUCGAAACACAACAAUAUAACAAAGUCGAAUUACAACAUGACCAACGUGGCUCCGGCGCACGCUGGGGUCAACUUUCUGCUCGGAGGUGCUAUGAUGAGUUGCCUUCUGAUCACGAUAGUGUGCAUCUGCUACCUCUGCCACUGGAGAUUCCAGAAGAGCGAAGGCAGAUACGUCCGCAGGGACUCAUGGAUCCAGGUUGCAGAUGCCGAAACGUCCGUCCACAUAUUUACUCUCGAUGAACAGUGCUACAAUCAAUUGAGCUUGUGCCAGGGGAGGGAGAACUACAUCAACCUCUCUCCUCCUUCGUACGAAGAUGUUAUCGAAAAUGGUAAAGAACAUUGUGACGAAACCGGCAGUGUAAACGAUCCAGACCUACCGAGUUAUGAAACAGCUAUGAAACUCUCUGGAAGAGGAUAUGUGUAAUAAAAUUAACCAUUAAUUAGACCAGUUUUGCCUCCUUAAACCAUUCGGUCAGGCUAUGGGUAUUGAAUAACAAAAGACUUUUUUAAAAUUAAAGACUGCUAAUGUGUUAAUAGCUAAAUUUGUAUAUAGUAGGCAGAUUUUCUUUUUCUAGUUGUGUAGUCAUAAAAUUGUGAACUGAUUUAACCAUUUGGGUCGAAAUUAGGCCUGUUGUAAAACUACCAAUCAACAGUUUUUCUCAUUCACUUUUAAUUUGUGUUUAAAAAAAAUAAUAAUAUAAGUAACUAUAAUCUGUAUAAGUAAAUAAUAUAUAAUAUAGAUGUUAUUUUUACCAAAUAUUUGCCAUUAUUUAUUGUAGCUAAAGAGACAGUUAUAUUUUUGUAUGAAAUAUCUCUCAAUUUAUGCCCAAAUGUAGUUAAGAUAAACUUAUUAUUAAUAAGAGUAAUUUUUGUAAUGUGGUACAUGUAUAAUACAUUUAUAAAUGUAGGUAUACUCAUAAAUAUGAAUUAGAUAAUAUGCAGAUUUUUUAGUACAAAGAAUGCAGGUAUGUUUGGUAAGGUAAACUGCCUGAAAUGUCCUUAGGUGAAAUGUUUCUCCAUUGAGCCCCUGGAAAUGAGUAAUUUUUUAAACUUUUAACAUAAAACAAUACAAAUUAUUAAUAAUUUUGUUCAUCAAUUUAUUUUAAAUUUAUUUCUUUGUUGAAAUAUUCGUUGUUUAUUUUCUAAAAAACUAUGCGUAGUUUGUGUAUCUUCAUACUUAAUCAAUCAUUAUUGCAUUCAUUUAGAACGCCAUUGUUUAUUUGUUGAGAGUUUCAAAUUUUGAAAAUGCAAAAUGAAAAAAGCCCUUCUUUUAGAACAUCUUGAGAGAGUACGAAUCAUAAAAAAAUUUCUCUCAAGCACUAUGCACAUGUUUACAUUAGAUGUCAAAUAUUUUGUCAAUAAAUGUGAUUUUUUAAAAAAAAGAAAAACCAACAAAUUUGUUUAAGUAUAACAUGGACAGUUGUAUAUCCAAUACCAUAAGAUAAUUAUGCGUGUACAUACUUGUACCCCAAUGCACAAGGCCGAUGGAUAUUCCUCCAUUGGCCCUCUCAUUUACUCAUUCUCAAAACAAACAACUAUAUGCACAAACAAACAUAUACAUACAUGCACACUGUACAGCUACACAAUAAUAAUAUAUAUAAUAUUUACAAUAUUUACAGAUGGGAAAACAUUCCCGUUUCCCUUGGAAAUCGGAACAGGGGACCCAACAACUCAUUCUCAUGCCCAAGGACUCUUUAUUUCAGGUACCAUGCCUACGCUCACCCUGUAAGGGGCCAAGGUGUGGCACUCCUCACUCAAGUAUGACACACUGAGCAAGUUUCUCUACAAGCAGGACAACUGUGCAGGGUUACACAGUAUAAUCAAAAGCACUCUAUGAAAUACUCAAUACUUUCCCACACUCUCACUAAUAAAUUAUAUCAUAGAAAACAUAAUUUAUCAAAAAAUAUGUACUAAAAACUAACCUAAUGUGGGACUGUGGGGUGCUCUAUAUUCUGCCACAAACCCACUCAUACUAGUAAAUAGAUUCAUACAAAAUGUAAACCUUUCAAAAAGUGUGUACAAUUAAAAGAAAUAGUGAGCCAUUGGGGUUUUUGAUGUUACAGACUUUUUUUCUCAACACUAUAAACAUAUAACAACUAACCAACUUUGGUGGUUCUUUGAUGUACACUAUAUUCUGGCAAAAACCGCCCAACAAAUAUUCAAAACACUCAAGCUUAAUAAACACAUUCAUACAAAGCAUAACCUUUAAGUCAUUAUAUAGCCAAAAAACAUCAUUUUUCUAAACAGCAUAUUUAAAAUAAACUUAAGUCAAGUGUAAAUAUUCUUGAAACUAUUUUUUAUGCAAUUUGAAAUUGUGUUGCCCUAUCAUGAUAAUGAUUACUUGAUAUUGUGCAAGUGUCUCACUUUUAAUCACACUAUAAACAUUUAACCUAAUCUAGUUUAUUCAAUGGGUGGUAUGGUUAUUCUAUGGGUUAUAUUCUUCUACAAAUUCACUAAUUCAUUAAUAAAUACAUUCAUAUAAAAUGAAAACCAUUCAAAAAGUAUAUGCAGUUUAAUAAACAAUUGGUAUCACCGGAUUAUAAGUAUUACACCAUUUUCACACCAUCGUUCACAACAUAACAGCUAACCUACUUUGGUAGUUCUCUAUAUUCUGGUAGCAACCCACCCACACAAAUUCAAAACACUCAAGCUAACAAAUACAUUCAUACAUUACAUAACCUUUACCACAAUACAUAAGCAAAAACCAUCAUUUUCCCAAAUAACUCAUCUAAAAUAAACUUAAGUCAACUGUAAAUGUUCUUGAUAUUAUUUUUUAUUCAAUUUGAAAUUGUGUUGACCUAUCAUGGUAAUGAAUAUUUGAUAUUGCGCCUGUGUCUUGCUUCUAAUCACUCUAUAAACAUAUAAAAACUAACUAUUAAUAUGCCACCAUUUUCUAAUCACAAUUCUAACACAUAACAACUAACUAGCAUGCUUUGGUAGUGCUUCUCUAUAUACACGCAGAAACAGACCCACACUUAUUCAAAACACUCAAUAUAAUAAAUACAUUCCUACAAAACAUAACCUUUCAAACAUUAUAUACUAUUUAAAAAAACUGACAAGCUUACAGUGUUUUUAAUAUCACACCGGGGACUCAUCACCAUUCACUCUAUAAACAUAUAUCAACUAAUA